GCUCAAGUACUACAGUAACUUUAUCUAAGUUUAUCUAUCUGUAACAGUUAGCUUCCCUAAAAACAUACAGUUUGAACGAAAAACAUGACCUAUCCCUUUAAAUUAGCCUCAGUGUCAAGUCUUCCGCUUGCCCCGCCUCCUGCUCUUUGACCAGCCUAUCACAGCGCAGUGCACGUGACGAGCGUUCUUCGCGAUGACCUCAUCCCUGGUGUGGGAUGACGUCAAAUUCAAGAUGGAUGGAAUCACGACCAGCGCGCAGAAACCUACACAACACUGAAUAAAGUCCCGGCUCUGUGGAGGAAAGAUCCUAUUCACGACGUGCAGGCCAUGGAGAGCCUAGUGCAUUACAGUAACCCCUCCCAUGCCCUCUCAGUGUUAGGGGUUCUCAAUGAGCAGCGCCUGCGGGGCCAGAUGUGUGAUGUAGUCCUGGUUGUGGCAGACCAGAGGUACCAGGCCCAUAAGAGUGUUCUGGCCGCCAGCAGUGAAUAUUUCCAGUCCCUGUUCACACGAAUGGACGCAGAGUCACUGAAAGUUGUAAACCUGGACUUCUGUGAGCCUGACGCCUUUGAGAUAGUUCUGAAUUAUAUUUACUCCUCCUCACUCUUUGUGGACAAAAGCAGCCUGGCAGCCAUUCAAGAGUUGGGCUACAGCCUUGGAAUCCCUUUCCUCACCAACAUUGUUUCAGCAAGGCCACAUGCAUCCUACUGUGUGUCUAGAAAAAGACUUUCGUUCUCCGAGGGGGAUGAGAAUGAUGUACAGACAAGGAGUGUCAUUGUGUGUCGGGUCCGGAAUGACACAGCCCACCCCUCUCGCUCAAAUUAUCAGAGAAAAACAUCAGAGAGACCAUCAUCUCCUCACUCUACUCGAGAGUCAGCUCAGCCACCAUCUGAACACAAUUCACACGAAUCAGUCAGGAACUCUGAAUCCACCAGCAGGAAAUCAUCUGAAUACAGUGAAGCUGCUGAAAGAAAGUCCACCUAUCCAUACACCUCCAUAUUAAAAGGGAAUUCAUCACACAUCACUUCUGUUAGGCCUCAGCUGACGUCAUCAGUGUCUUUCAGUGAUGCUGAGGUGCAGCACAUCAGGCUGCAGUCUGGCACCGACCAGGACACUAAAGAGGAAGAUGAGGAGCAGGAGCAGCACUAUCACACCAAAGUGCCCUUUCAGGGUCAGGCCAGUGAGCCAAGCCAGACCAUUGACAGGAGCGGGCCGCUCAUAAAAAGCCUUCUCCGAAGAUCAUUGUCCAUGGAUAGCCCUGUUCCAGUCUUCUCACCCACGCUGGAACUCAAGGAGCUGCAAAAUCGAGAACAGUCAGUUGUAAAAAUGGCAUCAAAAGCAUCUGGGCCAGAAACUCAAAAUGGCAAUUCAAAAAAAACAUCUUUGGUUCUCAGGUCAAAGUACCCCAGCAGGUAUGAUGAAGAAACUCAGGUAGAAAGAGAGGUCAGUGUGAAAGCUGAGCCUAGCAGUCCACUCGCUGACCCCAUGGACAUUAUUCGAAUCACAGUGGGAGACGCUUUGCCAGUCAAUCUUAAAGACUUGCAGACAAAUUAUGACCAAGGUUCCAGGCUAGACUUCAGUCCUCUGGGGAAAAGAAAGGACAGGCCUGACAACAGAAGAUACCCAUUCAAGAAGAGCAAAUUUUUUAAAGAGCAUACCCUCUCACAUGAUGAGAACAUGUCAGAAACAGUACCUCAGAGUGCCAGCAGUGAAUCUAAUGAGAACAGUGGGGAGCUGUCUCAGAACAAGAUUUUCAAAUGCUGGAACUGUUUAAAGGUUUUCAGGUCCAGUGCUGGACUACAUCGUCAUGUAAAUAUGUAUCACAACCCAGAAAAGCCGUAUGCUUGCGACAUCUGCCACAAGCGCUUCCAUACCAACUUCAAAGUGUGGACACACUGCCAAACUCAGCAUGGUGUAGUACAAAACCCAGCCUCAUCCUCCAGCUCCUCUGUACUGGAUGAGAAAUUUCAAAAGAAGUUAAUAGAUAUUGUGCGAGAGAGAGAAAUAAAAAAGGCUUUGCUCUGGAAGCUAAAGAGGAAUAAGCAGGGCUUGCAAUCUCCUGUACUUACCAAGAAGAGAUCAAGGCCCAGCUUCAUAUGUCCUUACUGUGGGAAAGUGUUUGUGUUCCAGUCUCAGUACAGACAGCAUUUAAGGACACACCCUGCAGAAAAAGCUGACCAGGACACAGCAAGUGAGAGCAUCCUCUACCAGGAACAGGAUGAGAUCAUUCAACAGAAGAACACGGACACUGGUGUUUACUCCUGUAGACUCUGUAAUAUGAAGCUGUCAUCACUCUUUGAACAGGGCGAUCAUGAGAGGGGCUGUCGACAUGCAACUGUAUGUCCUUACUGUGGCCUCAGAUUCUCAAGCCCAGCUGUCAAGAGGGACCAUGAGGCACAUUGUAAGUACAAGAAGCUGACAUGCCUGGAAUGUAUGCGAACCUUCAAAUCCUCCUUCAGCAUAUGGCGCCACCAGGUGGAGGUCCACAACCACAACAUGAUGACUGUUAAAGAGCAGAUUCACUUGAAGCAACAAGAGAACAAUGAAGAGGUGUCUGAAAUGCUGCGAGAGGAGCAUUAUAGUGAUGAGCCUUUAGCAACUGGGAGCUCAAGAGACAAUGUCAGUUACAGUGACUCCUCAGGUCCACCCAUGUAUGAUUCAGAAGACUCCUCAUCCUAUGUGCCUGAGGACCUGAGCAUGGGUCACCACGGCAAGCUGGUAGUGAAGGAAGAGCCUUUAGAGGAGGCUGUGAGUGAGAGGGAAAACACAGAGACUGCCAAAUCUGGGUCUGAGGAGCCUGGUGUGUGGCCAUGUGAGAAAUGCGGAAAUCUUUUCAGCUCUCGCAAAGACCUAGAACGACACCAGGAGCUGCUAUGCCACAUCAAACCGUUCAUCUGUCACAUCUGCAACAAAGCCUUCAGGACCAACUUCCGCCUUUGGAGCCACUUCCAGUCCCACAUGUCAACUGCUAACGAGCCUGGAGCCAAAGAGAUCGACAGACACCCCUCACCUCUGUCUCCCUCCCCUCCCAUGACUCCUCAAAACUCUGACCGUCACUCACCGCAGGCCACCGUGCUCAAAUCCACACAGACGGCACCGGUCACUGCAGCGAUGGCAGAGGAGUCUAGUAGCCCAGAGCCCUGCAGCUCAUCAGUAAGCAAGACAAAGAGGCCCGAACUAGAACGGCAAACCAGCAGCCACAGCCCUCUGUCAAGGUCAAACAGCAUGGAGAAUCCAGGGGGCCCUCAGGAAUCAGACACACUGUUUUACCAUGCACCGUCUCUCUCUGCCCUGACGUUUAAGAGGCAGUACAUGUGUAAACUCUGUCACAGGACCUUCAAGACUGCCUUUAGUCUCUGGAGCCAUGAGCAGAGUCACAGCCACAUGUAAGCAUCAAACAAGUUACUGCAGUGCAUUUCUCUUGAGAGACAAUACUUAAUAUUAGAAUAAACACACCUCAGCCUACAAAAGGAAGACUUUGAAUGUAUAGCUUAUUCGCUUGCCUCCAAUGUCAUAUAUUAAUGUGGCCAUGUUCAUUAGAGGUGUAAACGUGAAUGUGCAAUCAAGUGCUAGAUUCUUCUGUGAGACGAGAUGAUUAUAAAUGGUUUAUUUUCCUUUCAAAAUGAUCUAUAAGCAUUUAUCUAUUUUAAACCUCUUUUAGUUGUCUUCUUGUAUUUAUCUAUCUAGGUGUUUUGAGAAAACAAGGUACAGAGUUGCACCAACUAUAUACACUGUUUUCUCACAGUGUGGAAAAAGUGCUUUAACCUUUUGGAGGCUUCAAUUAUGGAUUAGUGCUUUUGCUUUUGUAUCAGAUCUAUCUCUUGAUGUGAGUGACAUCCCUUAAGAUACUAUUGGUGGCCUCAACAAUGUAUUCAAUAUGCACUUUGUUUAACAGUUUGGUUCUGUUACAGGGCAAUUUAGUCCAUAUGUUUGCUUGGAUCCUUUAGUCUCCAUAACUGUGGUUUUAGGCUGCAGAGGUAGAAAUGAUAACUAGGGCCAAUAGUAUGUUUUUUUUUCUUCAUACUUAGCAUUCCUUCUAAAUUUGUUCUCUAAUAUUUGAGUGUCAGGCUGAUUGAAUAAGACCUGCAGUAUAAUGAAUCAAGUUCUAACACAUACUGUACAUCAAACACACACCUGUUGUUUUAAACAUUGCGUCUCAGUAUGCAGCCUUGUUUAAUUGCAAAGACUCUUUAUUCAGUAUAAUUUCUCAAUGUAAAAUCAUUUUUACAAGUAUACAAGUGAAUGAGACGAGAGAGGUGCAAUCAUGAGUUAUAAAGUUGUGUUUUUUCACAAGUAAAUGAAUAGAAUGUUUCUAAAUGUUGCUGAACAAAAUCAUGUGGAAAAGGUGCUCAGACCAGCUUACUAGUAAAAAUGGGGAAUGUUGCCAGUAAAGAUAAUGGGCUGGGGCGAUUUGAUACUAUCCUAAAUACUACAUAACAUCAUACAAGUAUUUGUCUCAUCUCAUAAGCUGCUAGAAAUCAAUCUGAAAUAUCACUGCCGGUCAAAAGCUUUAGAACAACCCAGUUUUUAUUGAAAUGUAAUUAGUUAAUGGUACAGAGGUCAGUGGCAAAAGUUAAGGCCUCCAAAAACUGAAAAUCAUGUAUAAUGAAUAUUUCGACUUGGAAUUAUAACAUGUCAGAAUUGAAUUACAGAUAUCUGUAAUUGAGUUUGAAUAGAGGUCAUUGGUAAAAGUUGACUAGUUGUAAUUAAGUUACAGAUAUCUACAAUGGACAUUUCCAUUAUGAAGAAAUGAAUUGUUGAUAUCAAGAAAUAACAUUGUGAUUAGUGAGAAAUGAAUUGUAGAUAUCUUUAAUUAGAAUUGCAACCAGUCAAAAUUACAUUAUAGAUAUGUUGGCUUGGAAUUCUAAUUAGUCUAGAAGCAAUAGUUGAUAUCUGGAUUUGCUGCCACUGAUUAAAUGUUAAAACAGCUUGCCAUAAACUUACAGCUUUCCUACAGCAAUGGAAGUAAAUGAAGCCUUAAAAGUUAAUGCAAACAGUCCCUGCAGGUGUCCCAACUUUUCCUGAUUCUUACAAACCCUCUGUCUGUACAAAGGCUGUGUUAGAACAAACUGUGUUAUUACACCCUCUGAUGCAUUAUUAGGACAAUAUUGUACUGCAGUAGUACUGUAUAUUGCCAUCAGAAUGGUGAGAAAAAGUACAGCAGUCUCCAGACUUAAACCCCAUUAAGCUGGUUUGGGAUGAACUGGACAGCAGGUGUAAGCACUUCUUCAACAGUGUUGGGAUGAACUCCAAACAAUGUUUCAUUUUUAUUGGAGAAGAGAGUGCACAGCAAGCUAACUUUCAGAAGAUUUUUCAAAAGCACACUGCAGUAUCUUAAUACAAUUAAUGGUUAAACGCAAACAAAAAUUAUGAAUUUUUAAAUAUUAAUUUGUGUAUGUAAGACUCACUAUUCCUAAUUCACUGAAGUCCGCCACCCCAGUGCAGCACCAGUGUUAUGUAAAUACUCAUACACUGAUAGAUUUGUGCAAUUAUACACGUGGUAAUUAACCAAGCUUUACAGUGCUUUGAUGGCCUUAUGCAACUUUUGAAAUAUUUUGUCAAUAUCAUUUUACAUAAAAGCACAAUAGAGUUUCAGAUGACAUAUGACUCAGGCAUUUUGAGGUGGUAAAGUCAAGAAGGAGGAGGCACAAGAGAGCAAAUCUUUUAUUUGAAUGGUGAUGGAAUGUUCCUGCUUCCUAAAGAUUUAUUAUUAAAGGUAGUGCUUUGAUUGUAUUCCAGUUGUUUCACAGUUGUAUUCUUGUACAAGUAUAUAUACUUCUGCUUUGGCUUGAUUGAUUAGAAGUUUGUCAUAAAUUAUUACAGUUGCUUCUAUUUGGGAGAUGUUAAAGUCUAAGAUUGCUCCACAGAAACUAUGGGAAUUUUUUCCCUCUAAAUGAGCAACUCAAGCUGCAUUGUGCUGUUAAAUUCAUUGGAGAAAUUCUGUAUUGAUAAUAGUGCUCUUAAUUUCUUGUGAGAAAAACUUUUUGAAAGUUUCACAGAAAUGAUUAGACUUGUGUAUAUGGAAGUGUUUGUAUCCUCGAUUUUGUACCAAUUUUGUUAGUAAACAAAAGUUUUAUCUUUUUAGUAUUCCUGUGCUCUCACUGCAAUAAUGAAUAUUUGUAUCAGCAUUGGUUGUAUUAUUGUUGCUUUUGGAGACUUGCAGCUGUUUUGUGUUUAGGUUUUUCUACAGUUUUUGUGCUUCAUUUCUGUAAUAAAGAGUAACAUUGGAGAAUA